CUCACCCUUCAAUCCACGCAUCAUCCAUGCCACCUCUUACCUUCUGCAUCACCUGUAAACAGUAAACACCACAUUUUGGACACUCUGGAUUUUGUCCUCUGAAUUCAACUUCGACUCAUCAAUCCUCAACCGCCUCGCCCAAUUCAACUCGAGCUUCGCAUUCGCCCAUUCCACACCAACCAGCCAGGCCUACCCCUCGAUCCACCGCAGCCUCGAUCUCGAUUUCCACACUUCAUUCUCCCGCACAGACACGUCCAUUUUUCCUCCUACUUUCGAGAACCGGCUCGACUCUGACGUCCAUCAAAUCUCUCCCUGCCUUGCCCAAGCUCCGGCCUGCUCUUGCAUUCAAAAGUCCUGUACCCUGUGUGCUCCGACCACUUGGGUUCGUGACUGAGCCUUAAUCCUCUCACACGCAAUCAGGGCAUCCUCGAAAUCUGGUUCAUGGGCUCUACAACUCUCUAUUCGACGCGACUUUCUCCAUCAAUCGAACUGUACUGGUGUCUGUGAACGUUCUACUGAAGUUGUCGCCAUGGCUUCGACGCGUCAACACCACCAGUUUGUUCAGAUCUACCAGGAUCCAAUGCCGCUGCCUUCGAACAUGUCUCCCACCCACAAACCACGGCCACAUUUGCAACCUUCAGCGAUGCCCCUCCAGCCGAUGAGGAAUCCUCCUGCGCACCCCGAAGUCAUUCUGAGCGCCCCGAUGGUUUCGAGCCACCAGGUCUCACCCUUAAAGAGCCAUCCGCUCUCACCACCCAAGCCCAAUUACUCGAAUCUCAACUACAUACCCAUACCUCCUCCACAUUCGACGACCCAUAUGUACACCGACUCACCGGCAAAGAGACAUAUUAUGCCCUCGGGUCAACAGUUUCAAUCCGUGCAAAUGAUGCAGCAGCCACUCUUCACCACGUUCAACAGUAAUUUUGACACCUUCGAACAGGAAAAUUUCCCGCACCCUCCUAUGCAGGACAACUUUGUCGAAUUCCCAGAACCCUCGUACAUGCGAAAGUUGCCUUUGAAGAGAUCCUACUCCGAUGCCCCGUUGGCAAGUGAGCGCCCUCUCAAAAAGGCGCGGCAAGACGAGGAAACCACCACAGUCAUCCCACAACCCGAAGAAAUGCCUGCCAUUGAAGAUGAUGGGAACAAGCCGUCUUACAGCUAUGCUCAAAUGAUCGGCAUGGCCAUACUUCGAGCACCAAAUCGUCGAUUGACAUUAGCACAAAUUUACGAUUGGAUCUCGACCACCUUUACGUAUUAUCGCGAGGACACCAAGCAGAGCUGGCACAACAGCAUCAGACAUAAUUUGUCUCUGCACAAGGCAUUCAAGAAACAGGAGCGACCAAAAGGAGACGCGGGUAAAGGAAGCUACUGGGUCAUAGAACCAGGAAUGGAAGGUCAAUUCAUCAAGGACAAGGACAAGGACAAGCACCGACGUGGCAACAAUUUGGCGCACCUUAGCAUCCACGCCAGCAUCAUGCGCUCUGACCCUCACAAGAUGGCUCAGCCGUUGUCCGAGGCUUUGAUGCCUAGUCCCUUCAUGAUUCAGUCAAGUGAGGCACCACCAUCUCGACCCCAGACGGCUCCUGCACUCCCAGAAUUAUCUUCUGACGCCACCCUACCGGCAUCUGAUCCGGCCUUGGAAGAACAAGACGCGGCAGACACUGAGGAACAUGUGCUCCCAGCAGCACCGAAAUCCUCUCCGCCUGAUGCCAUCAACUCGUCGCCUCCCGUACGUGCUUCGAGCCAUCAUCGCAACAUCUCGUCACCCACUGCACGCAUGAAACGUCCUGCUUCAGCCCAUCGACAGAAACGAUCUCUUUCCAAGAUGGACGACAGUGGGUAUUUCUCUUCCAUUGAGUCUUCUGUGCUACGGCCAAACAAGAACGCUGUGGUGCUGACAUCGGAGCUCGACAUCGAGCCGAUGAGGAGGAAGACGGGCAGAGCUGAAGAAGAGAUUGCUCGAAUUCGAGGUUCUUCUCACGAUUUGACGCCGAGUCAUGCGAGAUUCCGUAACGCCGCCAUAGACAUUGCGCGGUCAUCCUCCCCUGUCAGAGUCAGCCCAGCCACGAGAUUGAACCCUGUCACGCCGUCGGUUGUCUUCAAGAAACCAAUUCGGCCACCUCAUUCGAUCUCUCCCAAUACGCAGCUACACCUCCAUCGAAAGGCUAUGCGGGACUUUGCGAAUUCUCCCAUCAAGAGUUUCGGUCAGUUCGAAAUGGACACGUACAGUCCUCUCAAGUGGUCAAACUUUACCCCUCUUGGCCCUGCCGAGGACUCAUUCGAGAUCUUCUCCGAUGCGCCGAUUGGAAUGACACCUGCUACUCCUGCCUUUGCAUCAUCACCGCUCAAAGCGUCGGUCUCUCGUCCGACAUGGGGACGAGCGUCGACCACGGGCAAUGUGCUGUCCGAGAUGGUUGGAAGUUCUUACAAGCUUAAUGCAAAGACACCAACUCGAGGCAGUCUACUUAGACCCGGAGUACGUGCUACUCUGUCUGGAUCCCCUCUGAAAGGCUCGAUGGAAAGCAUCACGGGUCUUGGUGAGCAUGAGCUUUUUGACUUCAACUCUUUUGAGAACGAAGUCUCGGAUAAUGAGGAUGGCGUUGAUAUCCUGAAGGGCUUCGAGAAGAUUGGUGGACCUUCGGUGCAGAUGUCUGCUGAUCACAUUCGACGACCUUCACUUGGAGGUCGAAGUUUCACCUCUCGGUUCUAACGUGUUGAUGAUUGACUUGAUACAUAAUGUUCUCUUGGGAUUCAAAGGGCGGACGAUGGUUUUCCCGUUCCUUGUGUUAGCGACUGGUUGGAUUCUAUUGAACAGCGUUUGGACCUGCUGAGCCAGGACAUGAAUUUUCCUGUCAGCUGGAGUGUGGGCUGCUGAAGUCUAACUCAGCUUGGGCAGAGAAGACAUUUUACGAUGUCAAGAGCUUAUGACUUUUCAUACUUGUCUUUUUCAUGCCUUUUCUUUUUGACGACGAUAUGGGCUGUGAUGAUCAAUAGUAAUGGAUGGGGCCUAUCACUUUGGAGAAGCAUAACACAGAGUAUGUAUGUCUUAUGCAGUUUGGUUAGAGUGGUUGCGCAGCAAUGCAAUGACUUGCUCCUCAUAUCACGGAGCUAAUUCUCGACUUGGCUACUGAGAGC